UUUCCUCUUUCUUUUCUUCUCUCUGUUGUUAUUCUCUGUUCCCUUAAUUUUCUCCAAUGAAUCUUCUUUCUUCUACACAUUCUUCUUCUUCUUCUUCUUCUUUAAUAUGUCUUCUUUUACUAUAUUUUUCUGUAGUUUCAUUUGCAGCUUUAAAAAACCAUCCAAAUCAACAUAAAAGGCCAAAUCUUUUGGCUAAUAUUACUUCAUGUUCUCUAUUUAUGGGUUCAUGGGUUUAUGAUGAAACUUAUCCAUUAUACCAAUCUUCUUCUUGUCCCAUUAUUGAUCCACAAUUUAAUUGCCAAAAUUUUGGUCGACCUGAUACAGAUUAUCUUAAAUAUAGAUGGAAACCUGCUAAUUGUGAUAUUCCCAGGUUUAAUGGGCUGGACUUUGUGAGGAAAAUGAGAGGAAAGACAGUGAUGUAUGUUGGUGAUUCUUUAGGAAGGAACCAAUGGCAGUCGUUGAUUUGUAUGAUUUCAGCUGCGGUCCCACGAGCUCGAACACAGAUGAUCACGGGUGAUCCUAUCUCUACUUUCAAAUUUCUGGAUUAUGGAGUGAGUGUAUCAUUUUACAGAACACCAUAUUUGGUAGAUAUAGACUCAGUACAAGGGAAGAAUGUGCUGAGAUUGGAUGAUAUAAGUAAGAAUUCCAAUGCUUGGAAAGGUGUAGAUGUUCUCUCUUUCAACACUGGCCAUUGGUGGACACACAAAGGCUCUCUCCAAGGGUGGGAUUAUAUGGAUGCAGGAGGGACAUUGUAUGAGGAUAUGAACAGGCUAGUGGCAUUAGAGAGAGGCCUAAGGACAUGGGCAAGAUGGAUUGAUGCCAAUAUUGACAAAAGUAGAACCAGAAUCUUCUUUCAGGGCAUUUCACCUACACAUUACAAGUAUGUCAACUCUCUCUCUACUUGUGGUGCAAAAUUGUUAUAUGGAUAUUCAAUUUCAAUCAAAUUGGAAUCGACUAUAUAAAUUCUCACUAGUCAUGUUAUUCUCCUUAAGCCCUUCUCGAUCUAAUAUUAAAUAAUGUUGGGCUCACACAAGCUUAAAUAAUGGAGCAAUACGAGUAAUAAGAAUUUAUAUAACUGAUCUUAACUUUCCCAGGAUUGGAGUAUAACAUUUGUUGUUCUUGUUUUUUUGCAAAUUUUGUUGGACCGGCCCCUUUAGUGCAUGUCUAGGGUAAAAAGAAUUUUUUUUAGAAACUGUCAAUUUUAAGCCGCUUCCAAAAAUAAUAACUAAUAAAAUGUAUAUUUUGUGUGUAUAUAUAUAUACAUACAUACACACACACACUUUUUGGAAGCCAGUUUUGUAUUUUGCCCAAACUUUUAGUUAGGGGUGUACAAAGGAAACCGACAAAUCGCAACAACCCGAUAAUCCGAGUGAAACUGAGAAA